AUGUACUAACUAGAUGAGUUGAAACCUAGAGUGAUAGCUCACAAGUUGAAAAUGCCAGUGAAAGAUGUGUACUAUUCUGUAUAAAAGUUCAAGCAGGAUAUUAAAGCAAUGGUUAAUCCUCCACCAGUAAGAGGUAAACCUGGCAGGAAAAAGUUGAGAGAUAAUCCUCUCCUACUCGAUGCUAUCGAGAGGUUCAUCUAACUCUUUGGAAUCUAUGAUAUAACUGCAGCUAAACUGCAUGCCUACCUAGGCGAUUUAAAACAUCAAAAUGAAUUACCUGUUGAAGUUCAUAUUCCAUCUAAGAAUACCCUACUCAAGAUCUUGAAUGAAACUUUUCAUCUCAGGUAUGGACAUUUGCAAGCAGCAAAUCUAAAGUACAGAGAUCCGACUUACAACAACAAACGCCUUUGGAUAAGUAGACUACUAGGUUAGUUCAUCCACGAUGACUUUCUGAUAGUGUCUAUAGAUGAAAGUAACUUUCGUUCAGACUCACUCCCAAGUAUGUAAUGGGAGUUUAACUAGGCAUCUCUUAGAAGGAAAUGCAAAGCUAAGGAAAUUCCUCCACACCCAUCACUCAAGAAGAGUGUAGUAUUUGCAAGUAACUAAUUCCUUACUUAUGGCCACCAGUUAAACAAGUAUGAUGAUGAGUUAGUUGACAUAGACGAGUAGGAGUAAAGUGUCACUGAUGAAAAUCAGAAUACUCUAAAUGCAUCCAACUCAAGAGUUCUUGAAUAGUUCUAGUCACCAACUAAGCAGGUGUGGAUGAAUGAUUUCGCUUAAAUGCCUAAGAGUAGGCUAUUAAAUAAUCUAGAAGUAAUUCAAGAAGAGGAGGAAUCUCCAAUUCCUUAGACCACUGUUCGCAAGAUGAUGCUUGGAUUACUACUUGAAAGUCCAGAAGUAAAAGUUGUAAAUGAUGAUUCAUUACCUACUCCAGUCAACUUAAACUAGAGACUAGCAUCAGCUAGUAAGACUCCACUAGAACACAAACUCGAUUAACUAGCAAUAUUCUCUACUCCUAAGAGAGCUCAAGAUGAUUAAGCAUUGCUUAAGUCUACUAGUGUAGAUGAAGUAAUUUAACCAAGGAGACUAAGAUCAUUUAGUAAUUAUCAUCAAUCAAGCAACUCAAAUGAGGAGAGUAAAGACAAUUAAGUUGCACUUGCAACUGUAGGCGAUUACCUGUAAAUCCCUGAGGAUUUACUUGAGUCUCAACUAGACCAGUAGUAAGAUGAAACGAUUGGAGUAUAAAGUAUAGAUAAUCAGUAGUUCAAUUCACUAUAAGAUCACUAGUUAGAGUUACAACAAAUACUUGGUAAGUAUGGUACUACUGCAAGAAAUGUUUCUAGAAACAAAGCUGUAACUAAGCGCUAGUAGUACUCGGUUUCUUUGCUUUCAGCAAUCAGUUAGUAGCAAGUGCAUGCUACUUAGAUAAUUGAAGGAUCUGUUGACUCUACUCUCUUUGAGAACUUUGUUUACUAAACGCUUCAUAGUAUACGAGUAGAUGAGUAAUUAUGUAGAAAGUAAGUCGUAAUGUUCAUGGAUAAUGCUGUAAUUCACAAGCACUCGUAUAUCUUAGAAACUGCUAAGAAGUUCAAGGUCACUCUGCUAUUUAAUGCAGAAUACUCACCUUGGUUGAAUCCAGUGGAGUAAUUGUUUGCUUAUAUUAAGAAAAACCUAGAGGUGCAAAACAUCUAAAACAAGUAAGAUAGUGGCCAUUAACAUUACUAGGAAGUAACUUGUAAGCAAAGUGUCCUCUAUCAUUAAGGACAUGAAUCAAGUCGAUGUUGA